AUGGAAACCCAAGACGAUAGCAUCGACCUUGCAAAGUUGCAACGUGACGCGUUGGGGCUAGAGCACGAUCCAUCUCACCCGUACCUUUCGGGGUCCGCAAAAACUGGUAACGAGCCGAAUCACACUCUUCGUUACACAUACCACAAAGUCAACGGUGCUUCCAAUGGUGACGGAGCGUGCAACGACCAACACCUACCUCAGAAAACACCAUCGAACCCCACGAGCCUUGUGCACCAACAUCAGCCCUCCCCGUCUCGACCUCGGCAGCAUGAGCCACGCUCAAUGAUGUCUAAUAAGAGUGGAAAUGAAGCGGGCAUUGUGCCGGGCUCGCAAUUCGGGAACAUGAGCUCCGCAGAGCCUGCUCCUGGGGAUACUCAGGUCGUCUCGCAGUCAGUGUACGACAUCAUUAUUAGACAGAAUGGGGAGUCCAUGCAACAAAGUUAUUCACAAACAGGAGCUGAUGGAGCAACAUUGAGAACAUUAUAUGAGGGCGACAGCGGCCACAUCGACCUUCUCUCCGAAUUGGACGCCGCCCACCACGGAACGAACGUCUCCCAAGACGACUAUGAUAACGACGACGAGAGCACAUUCGAUCAGAACGAGUCUUCUCCAAUGGCCUACGCACCCGAUCUCUUCCCCGAAUCGCAACGGUUUCUAGCAGAAACACCCGGAACGGUGGUGAAAAAUAAUGACAUAAAGGGUACGACAGCAGAGACCCCGAGCAUCUCGCGGAAUCCGCUGGCUAGUGGCAUAGAGUCAAGUGGGGGUCUUCUUGGCCUGAGCCAGGUUUUUGGGGCUACCCAGGUUCCGUCAUCUCCCAUUGUCCACGGCCUGCCAACAGAGCUUGUAUCGGAUCGUCCGUCACCCAAUAUCCCCAUUCAACCCGCGCGCGUUGUCAAUGGUAUCUCGUCACCGUUGAUGGGCCUGCCGGUUCAGUUCAUGAGAGAAUCAUCGGAACCCAACAUGAACUAUAUAUCCAUGAAGGAAUCGCAGACAAAGCGCGACAGGACUUUGGGGGAAAGGUUGACUCGUUCGGCCGAUAAUAUCCAGUCGGACCAGAGUGAUAAGGAAUUCUACAAAGAGUCGAGCUUUAUAGAACGUGCACGACGACAGCGAGAAAUCGACGAGGAAGCUGCGGCUCAGUUCGCUGGGCUGAGUGCUCCUGCCAGAUCUACAUCCAAUCUAUCUUCCAGACCACAGAGCUCUCCUAAGCAGUUACUGGAACCAGAAGAAGACGAGGAAAUGAUAGAAGCUGUUGCCAGCGAGGAAGAAACCGAGCAAGAAGAAGAAAUGCAAGUACCUCGAUCGCAUGACCUUCCUCAAUCUUCAGCCGAAGAAGACAAAGAGAACUACGACGGACCUCCUCUGGAUGCCGCUGCCGCCGCUAGUGCCCACAGCCGACUAUCUCAGGUACUUGGGUUUGAGCCGAUUCCAUCCCCAUCCCGUGUGGGAGUCAACGGGGAACUGGAGGAUGAGAUAGCUCAUCAAGGCACCUUCGGCUCCCACAAUGGUGCCCAGUUGAACGGUGUUGUGCGUUCUUCCCAGGUGAUGGUAAAAGACUCUCAGCCAUCACCUCAUUCAUCACCAAAACGCACAGAAGCCGACAAUGCUAGGAACGUUGUUGAUCGGUCGCCUUCGCCCGCACGAGAGCGUCUACAGUCCUCUCCCUGCUCACGACCACACUCAAGACAUUCGAACAACAAUACCCAAAGAAAUGGCUCAGUAUCACACGAACAUGCUGUUCAACCCGUUCAGAAUGCACCCUUGAACGAGAAUAUACCAACACACUCUAGCAACCCCUCAGAGCAGCAACAUGUAAACUCAUCUCAUUCCAGAGUGGAACCGGGAACUGCGGGAAACUCAUCAUCGAUGCCAUCCCGUGUGGCUGAGACACCUAUGGAUGAGCGUCUAAGGCUUCUUGGUGAUAUGGCUCGAUUGACGAGUAUCCCAGAAACAAGUCCCAAUCACCCCCAAUACCCUUCCGAGACUGGGUCCAAUGGCGAUGGGCUGAACAACGAAGACGAUGAUCUUCCACCCAUGUUCAAUGAAAUCCCCAAAUCAUAUCCGCCCAGCUGGGGCAAGGGCACUCUCUUCUCCUCUCAAAAAAUUGCUGUCCAGUCCGGGGGAGGCCAGCGUCGGGCUCUGACUGAAAUUGCAGCAGAUCUUUCGCCGCAGGUCGGGGCAGGAGGAUUUGAUCUGGGAAUUGGGGUCUUUACCACCGAAGAUCAAGAGUUCAGAGCCUUGAUCGACGGAUCACCGACUCGACCGAAGAAGAAGAGGCGUGGCAAUAAUGGCUCGAGUUACAUUGCCUCCGACCCUAUCGUACCUCUCACCCCUCGCAUACAGCCCCCAAAAUCCGUUGCACCCAUUCGAGCAACACAAGAACGAUCAGCUCCUAUUCCCACAGAGUCGGAUGAUGAUGUGCCUUUGGUGCUAGUCCCCGAGAAAGCCGUGCGAAGGCAAUCAAAGCCUGCGCGACGAGCACCCAAGAAUGUUUGGGAAAUCGAGGGAUCACCUGAACGGCCCUUCCGCCGGAGAUCAAGAAUUGGCAAGAUGGUUACUUCGCUUUCUACGCAAGAGAAGCAUGUUCCAGAAAAGAGCUCCGGACUUGCUGCGAAAAUAGCACCUCCACCAAAGGUUGUCGUUCAUAAUCGACCACCACCUCCAUCAUCGGAACCCACUGAGGUCUCAUCAACAAUUGCCUCGGAUGAUGUUAUUGAGUCGGAAGCGUAUAGUGUCAAUGAAUUUCCUACGACACCCCGACCAUCUCACAAUUUGUCGGAAAACGCCCUGGUUGCUCCAAGCCAGGUACUUUCUGUCUGGAUGGGCCAGAAACGGGCAUACUACCCAGGAACAUGCUUUGGAACACCACUGGGUGUAUCGCAGACUAAAUAUUCUGUGAAAUUUGAGGACAGUCUUCCUGUCGAGGUGCCGAAGGGUGCCGUUAAGAGAUUCGAGCUUCGUGUCGGAGACGCUGUCAAAAUUGAUAUGCAUAAUGUUCCAAAGGUCACUCAUGUCGUCCGCGGGUUCGGUGACAAGCUCAGUAGAGAAGAGCUGGCAAAAGCCGCUGAUGAUGGCCUUCAUCCUAUAACUGACAUUUACGGUCACACAACUGUCAUAGUCGGUCCCAAGCAACGCAAAAGCCUGCCAAAUGGAGGAAUUGGCAACAGCGAGAAUGUGAUUAAGGUACCAAUUGCUCGUGUCUAUCUUGAUACUAUCCUGUGGAAUCAACUCAAAGAUCGGGCGUUCACACAUCGCCCGGCGCCUGUUCAACAAGAAAGCAUGGUCCAUACCCCAUCCGAAAGGUCAUCCGCGCCUGCUUCUCCCAGUUCUCGCUUGUCCCGCAGCAUUCAGCAAGGCAGCGGCAUCUUCGCUGGAAUGAUAUUCGCAGUCUCCUACAAAGAGGACGAAGCGUCUAAAAAUAGUGUGACUAGGCUGAUCAUCGAAAAUGGCGGCACUCUGUUACAUGAUGGAUUUACUGAAUUGUUCGAGGCUUCGUCAAUUGUUCCUGUUGAUACUCCCAUCAAAGGUGGAACCAAGGACGCAGACCUCAAUAACAAGGGUCUCCGUCUUACUGCUCUUGCUGAGGACGUUGGCUUUGCCUGUUUAAUUGCCGAUACCCAUUCUCGGCGAGAAAAAUACAUGCAGGCACUGGCAUUGAACCUUCCAUGCUUGGCCGGCCGGUGGGUAGAGGACUGUAUCUCCCAAGGUCGUGUCCUCGACUGGGAUAUCUACCUCCUCCCAGCCGGCGACUCAAUGUACCUCAACGGAGCGACAAAAUCCAGAGUCAUGGCUCCUAACCCUCCAUCCACAGCCCGGCUCGCCGAAACCAUCUCCGCACGCACAAAACUACUCGCAGGGCAAUCGGUGCUCCUUGUCAUGGGACGUGGAAAGGUAGAGGAAAAGAGAAAGGCCUACAUCUUCCUGACUUACGCCCUGGGGGCCUCCCGGGUUGAGCGUGUCCCUGAUCUCGGCACGGCCAGGGCAUUGAUAGACUCGCAGCCUGACGCCGGUCUGUCGGCUAACUGGGACUGGAUCUAUGUUGACGACGCAGAUCAAGCUGCUGCAAAGUCGAUGUUGACGCCCAAACCGAAGACGCAGAGAAUUCACUUGUUCCAUGGGAAGAAGCGUAGGAAGUCGAUUGCAUCGUCUACUCCUACGCCCCCUAAUGAGCUGCAAUGUACUGCGAGGGUUGUUGGUAAUGAGUUUGUUUGUCAGAGUUUGAUUUUAGGUCGGUUGUUUGAGGAGUAA